CUGGACCGGGUGCUGGGCCACCUCGGCGCCCUGGGGCCAGCGGACGGGCUCCAGGCCUCGCUCGUGCUGGCCUGCGUGCUGGGUUUCUGCGUGCUGGUGGCGGUCCUCCUCUGCGCCAGGCGGCUGGUCGACACCUCGUCGUCGGAGCCGCAGGGCGCGGGCUACAGCCGGCAGUGUGCCCAGGGCCCUUCCGACAGCGAGGGGUUGAUCCCGAGGCGAUCGGAUGCGGUGCCGAGGUUGUCAUGCGCGACGGGCGCGUCCAGGUCGCCGCGUACGCCACGUGGGCUCGACGUGACCGUUGCGGUCACUCGUAG